AUGGAGCUUCACAUGCAGAGCACCAUCUUCGGCCAAAUUGUACGGUGGGUGUCGCGAAAUGGCAAGUUCAAGUACCCCGACGAGAUCGAUCCGUCUUUGUCGAAAAUCGUAGUCCAGCCAGCUCCAUCUCAAGAGCCGCAGCAGUCGCAGCACUCACAAGAGCUAGAGCGCACCGAUGGCCACAUAGACGGGUCGGAAAGGGAAAUGCAGGAGGGCAACGUUCUGACUAGGGAUGUUGAGAAAAAUGAACAAUCAAUGCCACCGAGAAACGGUCCUCCUGAUGUCCUCCUGAACCCUCAGAACUGGCCCAGCAACUUGAAACACCUCAUAACUCUCCAAAUGUGUGUUCUCAACUUUGCCGUGUACAUCGCAAGUUCGAUCUACGUACCCGGCGAGGCGAAUCUCAUGGACGAAUUCGGUGUCAACGAGGUCGUUGCAACGCUUGGACUAUCACUUUUCACCUUUGGUUACGGUAUUGGGCCUAUGCUGUGGUCACCCUUGUCUGAGAUGCCCAGCUUGGGACGUACUCACGUCUUCUUCUGGACACUUUUUGCCUUCAUCGUAUUUCAACUCCCUGUCGGUUUCGCCCCAAACGUCGCCGUCUUCCUGAUCUUCAGGUUCGUGACAGGCUUCUGCGGUAGCCCUUGUCUGUCCACCGGCGGCGGUACUAUUAACGACAUAUACCCGCCAACUCAAGUUCCCUACUUUCUGGUCAUUUGGUCGUCGUCGGGUAUUCUUGGCCCUGUCUUUGGGCCCGUCAUUGGCGGGUAUCUUGCGCCUGCAAUGGGUUGGCGCUGGACCAUCUGGGUUUUCACAUUCCUAUGCGUUGCGGUGCUCAUCACAAUGUUCUUCUUCCUCCCCGAGACCAGCGCUUCCAACAUUCUCUACAACCGAGCCAAGAGGCUUAGGGCUGCAACAGGAAAUGACCGUCUCAAAAGCCAGACCGAAAUCGACACAACACAUUACACUGUCAAGGAUAACCUCCUUCUCCUCGGAAGGGCUUUCGCACUCACUUUCUUCGAGCCAAUCAUCCUGCUUGUCGACCUCUACGCGGGCCUCCUUUAUGGUGUAUUGUUUAUAUGGUUCGAAUCAUUCCCUAUCGUAUUUGGCGGCAUAUACGGUUUCGACGUGGGCUCGCAGGGCCUCGUGUUUCUUAGUAUCCUUGUGUUCACUGCCAUCACUAUGUCUGCGUUUAUCUUCUGGCUAAAACGGAGCCUCGUCCCCGCAAUGAAGUCAGGCAAAUUCCGCCCUGAGAUGGUCCUCCCGCCCGCAUUCUUCGGGUGCUUUGCACUACCCAUGUGUCUGUUCUGGUUCGGAUGGUCAGCACGCGAGAGCGUCCAUUGGAUUGUCCCAACCAUCGGCGCUGGCUCCUUCGCCAUCGGUGUCGUCACACUUUUCAAUGCCGUCUACACCUACAUUGGCAUUGUCUACGCACCUUAUGCUGCCUCAGUGUUCGCUGGCGCCGCUCUGUUCCGUGCCUCGCUGGGCGGUGCCUUCCCACUCUUUGCGCGAAAACUGUUCUACCAACUGGGUAUCGGCCCGGGCAACUCGUUACUCGGUGGUAUUGCCGUGCUGUUCAUACCUGUGCCCUUCGCAAUAUAUUACUAUGGAGAGCACAUUCGAGGCUGGAGCAAACGCGCCGGGUAA